AUGUCUGCUGACAGAGACAGGAAGGAGCUCACAGAGCAAUCGGGAAACAGUCCAUCCUCUAGUCUGAGAGAGCUGGACCUGAGUAAUCACAACAUCCAGGAUUCAGGAGUAAAGCUUCUGUCUGCUGCACUACAGAGUCCACAUUGUGCACUGGAAACACUGAGAUUGAGUGGUUGUUUCCUCUCAGAGAGAAGCUGUGAAGCUCUGUCCUCAGUUCUCAGCUCCCAGUCCUCUAGUCUGAGAAAGCUUGACCUGAGUAGCAACGACUUCAGGCAUUCAGGAGUGAAGCGUCUGUCUGCUGCACUGCAAAGUCCACACUGUACACUGGAAACGCUGAGAUUGAGUGGUUGUUUUGUCUCAGAGAGAAGCUGUGAAGCUCUGUUCUCAGUUCUCUGCUCCCAGUCCUCUAGUCUGAGAGAGCUGGAUCUGAACAACAACAACCUCCAGGAUUCAGGAGUGAAGCUUCUGUCUUCUGCACUACAGAGUCCACACUGUACACUGGAAACUCUGAGACUGAGUGGUUGUUUCUCAGAGAGAAGCUCAGAAGCUCUAUCCUCAGUUCUCAGCUCCCAGUCCUCUGGUCUGAGAGAGCUUGACCUGAGUAGCAACAACCUCAGGGAUUCAGGAGUGAAGAAUCUAUCUGCUGCACUACAAAGUCCACACUGCACACUGCAAACUCUGAGAGUUACUGGUUGUUUCCUCUCACAGAGAAGCUGUGAAGCUCUGUCCUCAGUUCUCCACUCCCAGUCUUCUAGACUGAGAGAGCUGGAUUUGAGCAACAACAACCUCAAGGAUUCAGGAGUGAAGCGUCUGUCUGCUGCACUGUGGAGUCCACAUUGUAUACUCAAAACUCUGAGACUGGGUGUCUGUAACCUGUCAGAGAGAAGCUGUGAAAUUCUGUCGUCAUUUCUCAGCUCCAAAUCCUCUAGCCUGACAGAGCUGGACCUGAGUGACAAUGACCUCCAGGAUUCAGGAGCGAAGCUUCUGUCUGCUGCAGUGGAGAGUCCACAUUGUACACUAGAAAGUCUCAGUUUGUCACGCUGUCUGAUUACAGAGGAAGGCUGUACUUCUCUGGCCUCAGCUCUGAGCUCCAACCCCUCCCGUCUAAGGGAGCUGGACCUGAGCUACAAUCAUCCAGGAGACUCAGGAGUGAAGCUGCUG